GCUUGAAAAUCGUGUAAAAGGUCUUAAAGAUAAUUUAUGUCAAAAAGAUGAAAAAAUACAAGAAUUAGGUGAUAUCGAAAUGCGGAAUAAUGAUUUUGCUAUAAUCGAAGCGGAGAGGAUCGAUAUAAGGAAAUCUUUGAACAUCAAAAAGUUACUCUUAACUCAA